ACAUGCAAACAUUUUAUGAUUUAUUGGUAUUUAAAGUUUAUUUCAACUGUUGUAAAGUAGAGGGACACCACUUGCCACCACAAAUGAAGAAUGACUCAAACACAAUACAGUAAGAGGCAACCCAUGACAAACAUCGAAACUGCUUUCAUUUUAGAAGGCGGAAGUCCUGCUGCUCUUUGAAUAACAAAUUCCGUUACACUGAGUGAGUUUUGCGCUUGUGUGUUAGACACGUUAGAUUUGAGAAAAAAGUAGCCUACCUGGCUGAUUAUAUUAUAUUAUUGUUCGCGGAUCAAGGUCUGUUAUCCGACACGAUGAGCAGCUUUGAGGCCCAGUUUGUGGAUAUAAACUGCGCAGCGCUUAUUCAGAAGGUUACCUCAGUGAAGGCAAUAGCAGAUGAACUAACAAAAAAGGACGUGAUACAUGAUGAAACAUAUUCAGAGAUCAGAGCAGAACAAACCAACCAGGGCAAAAUGAGAAAGCUAUUUGAAGCACUACAUGCUGGAGGAGACAAAGCGAAAAAUGACUUUUAUUAUGCGCUGAGAAAUCAUGAGCCAUUCCUCGUCAGAGACCUGGGUGGUUACAGUUGGAAACACAAGCUUCCUGAUCCUGAUUCCAAAGUAGCAACCAGACAUAAAAGUUGGAGUGACAUGAUUCUUAAGUAUAAAGCAUCAGUCACUGAUAAAUGUAAGUUUGUGAUCGAGUUUAAUCUUCCAUCUGAUGAAUGUGUGGAGCUGGCAGGCCGUUAUACUGAACCAGUGAUCAUUCAGAAUAGCAAAGAGCAAGCUGAGAAAUACUAUCAUGAAUGGGUGAGGUCCGUACACCCUUUUGGACUAAAGCCAUCAUCUCAACUGUUAUCAAAUGACAAGAAUCACAGCAUCAGAAUAGACCAGCUGUUCAGUCCCGACAGUGAUGGAAACACACAAACUGUGAUUCUCAGUGGAGAUCCAGGCAGAGGGAAAUCCUUCAUGUUACAGAAGAUCAUGUUGGACUGGGCUUCUGGAGGACUUUACUCUGAAAACUUUGAUGUAAUUUAUCUUUUGAAGUGUGAUGAGGUGAAGUGUCUUUCCCAGGAGAUGAGCUUGAAUCAGCUCUUGAGCUGGAGCUGCAGCUUAACAUCACAUCAGAUCUCACAGACACUGGAGUUAACACCAGAGAAAGUCCUCAUCCUCAUUGAUGGAAUUGAUGAGUUCUCAUUUGAUCCAUGCAUUCAAAUAUCAUCACCCUCUAAUCCAUCGCAGCAAGCUCUACCAAUGGACAUUCUUAGGAGUCUGCUGGAUGGACAGAUCCUGCCUGAGUCUUUCCUGCUGGUUACCACCAGAUCAGAUGCUGAUACAGUGAUGAAUCUCCUCAAGGGUCCUCAGCGUUUCACUGAGAUUAUGGGCUUCUCUGAGAGAGGGGUGCAGGAGUACUUCCAGAAGUUCUUUCAGGAUGAGAAACUCUUCAGGAAAACAUAUGAGAGUGUGACGAUAAAUGAAAGCCUCCUGACUGCCUGCUCUGUGCCUUUGCUGUGUUGGAUGGUCUGUUUUUGUCUGAAGAAACACUUCACAGAUUAUGAUCAUGUGAUGAGAGAACUAAAGACAACCACCUCCAUAUAUGUGCACUUUGUGUCCACUCUACUGGAGCAUCAUGACCAGAGUCAGUCUGUCCUCACCAUGCUGAGGAGUCUGGGUCAGCUGGCAGAGGAAGGGAUGAAGAAGCAGCAGGUCUUUUUUGAUGAAAAGAGUGUAGCCAAGAAUGGUUUAGAUCCUGCUACUAGUGUGUUCUUGUAUAAAGGUAGUUUAAAAAUAAAAGACAAACAAGAGCCAGUAUUUAGGUUUAUGCAUUUCAGCUUUCAGGAGUUCUUCACUGCUCUUUAUUAUGUUUUACUGGAUGAGGAAAUGUCCUGGUGGAAAAUCUGUGAGCUGGUUGACAGGGUGGAAAUGAGGGAUGCAAUCUACAGGCCAUCACCAGAAAGAUCAAAUCCCUUUCUUUCAGUCAUGAUGUUUCUCUGUGGUCUCUUAAAUGAGGAGGUGAGCAGCUCACUCUUUGAAAAGAUUAAGGAAACUGUUCCUUACAACAUGAUACUGAAGAAAACACGGCAAGGAAGUCUUCUAAGAAUGGCAAUAUACCAUGAAUGUGAACAGUUAUUUUGUGAUGAGGUGAAGUGUCUUUCCCAGGAGAUGAGCUUGAAUCAGCUCUUGAGCUGGAGCUGCAGCUUAACAUCACAUCAGAUCUCACAGACACUGGAGUUAACGCCAGAGAAAGUCCUCAUCCUCAUUGAUGGAAUUGAUGAGUUCUCAUUUGAUCCACGCAUUCAAAUAUCAUCACCCUCUAAUCCAUCGCAGCAAGCUCUACCAAUGGACAUUCUUAGGAGUCUGCUGGAUGGACAGAUCCUGGCUGAGUCUUUCCUGCUGGUUACCACCAGAUCAGAUGCUUGUACAGUGAUGAAUCUCCUCAAGGGUCCUCAGCGUUUCACUGAGAUUAUGGGCUUCUCUGAGAGAGGGGUGCAGGAGUACUUCCAGAAGUUCUUUCAGGAUGAGAAACUCUUCAGGAAAACAUAUGAGAGUGUGAAGAUAAAUGAAAGCCUCCUGACUGCCUGCUCUGUGCCUUUGCUGUGUUGGAUGGUCUGUUUUUGUCUGAAGAAACACUUCACAGAUUAUGAUCAUGUGAUGAGAGAACUAAAGACAACCACCUCCAUAUAUGUGCACUUUGUGUCCACUCUACUGGAGCAUCAUGACCAGAGUCAGUCUGUCCUCACCAUGCUGAGGAGUCUGGGUCAGCUGGCAGAGGAAGGGAUGAAGAAGCAGCAGGUCUUUUUUGAUGAAAAGAGUGUAGCCAAGACUGGCUUAAAAAUAAAAGACAAACAAGAGCCAGUAUUUAGGUUUAUGCAUUUCAGCUUUCAGGAGUUCUUCACUGCUCUUUAUUAUGUUUUACUGGAUGAGGAAAUGUGCUGGUGGAAAAUCAAUAAUCUGCUUCACAGGGUGGAAAUGGGUAAUGAAAUCUACAGGCCAUCACCAGAAAGAUCAAAUCCCUUUCUUUCAGUCAUGAUGUUUCUCUGUGGUCUCUUAAAUGAGGAGGUGAGCAGCUCACUCUUUGAAAAGAUUAAGGAAACUGUUCCUUACAACAUGAAACUGAAGAAAACACUGCAAGGAAUUCUUCUAAGAAUGGCAACAUACCAUGAAUGUGAACAGUUAUUUGUUCUCUACUGUCUGUAUGAGCUCCAAGAUGAGAGAUUUGUCAGGGAAACUCUGCAAACACGCAGGUUCAUGAAUCUGUAUAACGUUUCUCUGAGGAGCACAGACUGUUGGGUGCUGCUGUACUGUCUUCAGUGCUGUCCACACAUCAGAGACCUGAACCUCAUGUACUGUGAUUUAACAGCCGAGAAACUCAAGAUUCUUCAGCCAGCGCUCUGUAUGUGUGAGACUAUGAGGUUGUCAGUGGAGCACCUGUUAGAAGCUGGAGAUUUGAUCCGAAGUCUUGGUGAAUCAGAAAUCUUGAGAUGGCUGAGAGUUCAAGAGGAUGAAUACAGUGCUGAGAGUCCCAGAUGGUCACUUGACCUGUUUGUCGGUCGUGGAGAUGUCUCUUUGUCUUUGAGCUCCUCAGAGAAGAAUCCAUUAUUUCCAGCAGUCUUAAACAUGAGUCUUAAAUGUCCACAAUCAGAGAUAUCCAGCACUGACUGGACACUCUUCUUACAGAAACUCAGCAAGACAGGAAAAUUAGCAGAUGACUCUUCAGCUCUUGAUGAGCAUGUCAGUUUGCUGCUGUCUUCAUUUCAUUCUGUGGGUUUGAAGGUGCUGCAUCUGAAGCUGGUCAGUCUGAAUAAGAGCUGGGCUUCUGGGAUCAUUUCGCUCGCCCAGACCUGCACCAGUCUACAGCAGCUCAUUGUCAGUGUCACUGGAUUGAUUUUGGAGGAGGGUCUCAUGUUACUGAAGAACUCGCUGACGGAUCCACACUGCUCUGUGAUCAUUGAAGGGAGGAAGUGCAGUAAACUCACUGAUCAGUGCAAAGAACAGGACUGGAGUCACAGCUGUAAUGAGAAAGUGGAGAUUCACUUCAAACCAAAGGGUUUGAAAAAGAUAAAAGGGCUGAACAUCUCUGAACCGUCUGGACUGAAUCUUCAGCCGCUCCCAGUGUGUCAGUCUUGUGUUCACAUUGUUGACUCUGAUCAGUGGGUUCAGGUGGAGCCAUCAGUCUGUACAGAUGAAGGAGGGUCAGAGUUCAGGAUCAGCACCCCGGCGGGUCGAUUCGAGUGCAGCAGGACCAGAAUGCGAUGGGUCUGUGCUGGUGACGUCACUCUCCAGUACCGUGCAGUGGAUGGACGUUUCCUCAGAGAAGAGCUGGAGAGACUUAAGUAUGAGCGAAUUGGUCCUGUGAUUGAUGUGACAGUGAUCUCAGGGAAACUGGAGGAGGCUCAUCUGCCUCAUUACGCCUGUUUAGCAGAGUCAGACCCCUCUCUCAGAGAGGCUGUGAAGCUCCUCAGCACAAGAGAUGAAGGAAUAUAUUUUCAAUCUGUAGAGUUGACCCGUUAUCACGCUAAAAUAGUCCAACCAUCCUUUUCUCCUGCAACACCAGUGCUUAUCAAACUAGGGAUAGCAGUAAAAGUUCACUGUGAUCUACUGAUCUUCAUGACACACAAGAACCCCAUCAUUCUCCAUGUGUAUUUUUUACCAAUAGAUUCUGUUUUUGAAGAAAAAAUUAAAACAAAGAAAAAAUCGUGUCAUCAAAUCAUUCUUUCAAGACCUGAAACCCCACUGCAGAUGAAGAAACAACACAGUCUUGAGGUUCCUGGCGCUUCUGUCCAACCCAAAGCAAUCAAAUUAAGAGGAGACAUUGAGCCAAACUUCUUUCAGGUCAAACAUCCUGUGGUCGAUGACAUCAAUAUGUCUCUCAGCCGAGUGGAUGAUCAGAAAUCAGUUUGGACUGCAACGAUUUGGAAAAAAUUAAUCAACAUGCAUCCAAACAGGACUGAGACUUUGUUUCAAUCUGGACAAAACCAAAAUACACCACGAUUGACUGUCAACUUUGAUAAAGUUCAGUUUUUUGAUAGAAACUGGUGUGCUCUUAUUAAAAGUGUUGAGAAUGUGAAUAACAUCGCAGACAAACUGCUGCAGAAGCAAAUCAUUCAUGAAGAAUUAUAUUCUGAAAUCACACAUCCUAAUUCAACCAGUGAAGCCAGCAUGAGGAAGAUCUGCAGCAUAGUGCGUAAAGGUAGUGACACUGUGAAAGAAAUGUUCAUCUCCAUUCUUCUGGAAGAAGAUCCCGACCUUUUAAAUCAUCUGCCUUUACCUGAAUCUUAACCUUUUUUUGCUCGAUGAUUCUACAUUGUAUUUUACAUGAUUUGGGAAAUGAUGUAAACUACAAAAGACCAAUGCACUGGAGAGCUCGCCCUACCAUACUUUUGAAGAAUAGUAUUUUAGUUACUGUUGGAAUUAAAGAACAUUCAAAUGCUCUGCUUGCCUGUAAAAAUGAGAUUCAAACAACAGAUAAGUCCUUGUCCGAUAAGAACACUGAACAAGGUGAAUGAUAAAUAUUUCUGUACAGGUUUUAUUUCUACAUGGUUCUGUUGUAAAUGUUACUGUAUCAACCACUUUGACAUAGUAUAACCACUUUUUUAUAAUCUAAAUGUGACAUUAAAAAACUAGAGAGAUUUUUGUCACAACUAUAUAUACUAACUGGAAGGUAACUAGUGGUAGUAAUGCUAUUUAAAUAAAUACAAAUAAACCUGCAGUUUUGUAUCGAAAGAUA